AUGGGAUUCUUCCAGGGCAAGACCUCCAAGCAGACCGCGAGGGUCAAGAAGCUUCUCGGGCUCGCCCUGUCGCGCCUCGCCAUUGCACGUCGUCCCCGCCUUGCUCGCAGGUCCAUCUACCGUAGCGAUGUCGGCCAGCUCCUCUCCCUCGGCUACCUCCACCGUGCUCUCCUCCGCGCAGAGCGGGUCAUAGAGGAGGAUAACAUGCUGCAGGCGUUCGACAUCAUUGAGCUCUGCUGCAAGCGACUCGUCGAGCAUGCAGCGCAUUUAGACAAACCGCGGGAGUGCGGCGAAGAGAUAAGGGAGGCGGCAGCCGGGAUCAUGUUUGCAGCCAGGUGGUGCGGCGACCUGCCGGAGCUGCAGGUCGCGCGCACCAUCCUAGAAGACAAGUUCGGCAGCGACAUGGCUGUGAUCGCGAAGGAGGGGACCAGCAUUGUCGAUCCCAUGUUGGUGUGGAAGCUAUCCGGCGAUAAGACAAACAUGGAGCUGAAGAAGAAAGUGACCAAGGAAAUCGCCGUCGAGAACAGUUUUAUGGUCGACUUCUCCGAGCUCCAGCUGCAAAAAUGGCGCGACGGCGGGCGUCACCGUGUACGUAGCGGCGCGACGGCGGGCGACGGCGGGUGGCGCAAGAACGGCGGGCGCGACGGCGGGCUCGACGGCGGGCGCGACGGCGGGCUCGAAGGCGGGCGCGACGGCGGGCGCGAGGGCGGGCUCCGGCGGGCGACGGCGGCGCUCCGGCGGGCGACGGCGGGCUCGAAGGCGGGCGCGAGGGCGGGCUCCGGCGGGCGACGGCGGCGCUCCGGCGGGCGACGACGGGCUCGAAGGCGGGCGCGAGGGCGGGCUCCGGCGGGCGACGGCGGCGCUCCGGCGGGCGACGGCGGGUUGGCGCAAGAGAGAAAGUGA